UUCAUCCUGUGGGUGCGUGGUAAGCGCGAUUGGAUGGUAAUUGUUUGGAUUAAUCUGUGGGUCGCCGUCAUAAAAGAAAAAAAAAAAAAAGCUUGCCCGUCCCAUCAACUGAUUCAUGUCUAAUCAGGUGCGGAGGAUUUGACUUCUGGGUGCCCAGCUUGCAGGUCAAACUAAGGACGUGGGGGAGUGGAUCUGAAACCGCCGAUAAAUAACGGCGGUCGUUGCGGGGCGGAGUUCCACAUGGCCACGGGAGCCAAUUCGAACAGUGAAUUUCCAGAGCUUCCAUUGUGACUUUGUUCUAGAUGACACAGUGCGCUCGUACGCUUAGGCUCAAAAAGAAAAAGAAAAAAAAAACCUACAGGUGGCGCUGGUGAUCCGUUUAGUCGAUUGCUUUUCUUCUGAAUUCCCCUUCCAUGACUCACCAUCGACGAAAGUCUUCUAAUAUAUCUGUUACAAGCGAGUAUUCCGGGGUCGAGUCAUUGCCGUCGUCUCAUCGGUCGUCUUUCUCUAUUAUGCCGGGACCUGUUUCUGCCUCCACCCAAUACCCGUCCUUCCCCAGUCACUUGGCCCCUCAACCGCCACCACCCCCGACAACCCAAAAACCUACUCACACCAAUGCCUUCGUUCACAAAUUAUACAACAUGGUGAUUGACAGUCAAUAUCAGCAUUUGAUUGCCUGGAAUUACACCGGUUCCUCCUUUAUUGUAUGCAAUAUCAUGGAAUUCUCCCGUGACGUGCUACCUAAACACUUUAAACACAACAACUUUUCCAGUUUUGUUCGUCAACUCAACAUGUACGGCUUUCACAAGGUGAACAAAUCGCCGCGAGGACAUCGAACAUUGGCAGAAAACCAGAUCUGGGAGUUUUCUCAUGCCAAGUUUCUCCGUAAUCGGCCUGAUUUACUGGAUGAGAUCAAGCGUAAAGCGAUGGAAUCGGAAUCCAACCGUCGAGACACAGGCGAUAUGCAAGCUCACAUGGCCAUGAUCCAGGCAUCUCAGAACGAUAUGUUGCAGCAGAUGAGUCACCUCUUUGCCAAUUUCAAUGAAGUGGUCAACGAGCUGGCCGAAACCAAACGGAAACAGGAACAACAGCAACAGACGAUUCAGAACUUGUUGGAUUAUAUUAUGCAAAAUAAUGGAGGUCAGUUACCAGGAAAACUAAAUACGCAUCAGUAUGACAUGAUCAAACAAGAGAAACCACCUUCCAUCUUUAUCACCUCACAUGACCAUCUUAAUCAACACGGUAACAUGUUACAAGACAUGUUCAUGCAAACUUCGCGUACACCCUUGACCGUUCAGACUCAGAAUCUUCACCAUUCUUCCACGGAAUUCACCAAUUCGUGCCAUCGUCCUUCCAUGACCCUCACACCCUACGGCCAUCAUUUACCGCCCAGUCCAAGUUCCAGUAGUAUGGUAUCAGACGAUGAUAUCGACGGUAACACAUCCAUGUACUCACCCAACUCACCCAUACCUCGACCAUCCACAUCCUCAUCGUCGCAUUCAUCACAAAUUAUCGAUCUUCUCGACACAUCCCACUCUCAACCCUCAAGCCAGCAAUCCAAUUCGGUCUCUUUUGACUUUGUGAAUUCCUUGAACCCUUUAGCCCAUCAAUAACUUUUUUUUUUCCUCAUUUCCCUCGCUCUCACACUCUCUCUCUCUCUCUCUCUCUCUUCCUCGUCUACCGUUCGUGCACAAAGAUCAUCCAACCCAAACCUUGUCCUUCGUUUCCAUUUCUUACAUCAUAGAAAAUUCCCGGCAUUGUCUUUUUUUCUUCUUUAUUUUCUAAUUCUUUCGGUCGUUUGCGUUUUUUUUUUUUUU